AUGCAGAUAAGAAGAAUGAAGGUGUUCGCGGAGAAAAUCCUUAUUUGCAUUGGCUUUGUGUCAACAUAGAUGGUCCGGAAAUCUUGCAGGGACUUAACGUUGCGAAGUACCAUCCUCCAAAACCAGCAAAAGACACAGGAGUGCACAGAUUCAUCUGGUUUUUAUACGAGCAACCUAACGGUCGGCAGUAUUUUGAAUUUUCUCCCAUCAAAGACACGCUUGAAAAUCCUAGUCCUCAUCGAGCAAAUUUCUCGGUCAUUGACUUUGCACAGCGAAAUAAUCUGGGACGAGUUUUGGCAGCUAACAUGUUCCGUGCCGAAUAUGUGCCAGAUCCAACAUAUUCACCGGGUGAUCUCUUGGGAUAAGUGAAGAGUUUUGACUUUCUUGAAAUAACAACAAUGGUCUCUAAUUUUUUUUGGCUGGAUUUUGAAACAAUUUUCAUCACAUUAACUUUUGAGUCCUUAUUUUACGCAUCUCUGGCUAACUCUGAGGAAGAAUCUGUCCUCCACAAAUCACCUGCGGAAAUUAAAGCAGCUUUGGAAAAACAUAGAAUUAUACCUGACUUGCUGGAUAUUGCACCGCCAAACGCUGUUCAGGUGGAAUGGAGUGAAGGUUUGUACGCAAAUUUUGGAAACGUAAUCGAUGAUUUAGGUGGUAUCAGAGAUGAACCAUUUUGGAUUGAUUGGCCGGGAGACAACAUGGAAGAUCGUUAUUGUUUAUUCAUGUUAGGCCUAGAUGAGCCCUCCCAAAGUAAUCAUUCGCUUCGGGAGUGGAAGAACUGGAUUGUUGUGAAUAUUGAAGGAUACAACACUACCGUCGUCGCCGGUGAGCAUUUGGCCGAAUACGUUCGUCCGUACCCCAUUAUUGGCACAGGGUUGCACCGAUAUGUUUUCCUCGUGUACAAGCAAAAAUAUAGAAGAUAUAAACUGUUCAGAGAGUUUCAAUUACCUCCAAAGCGGAUUGAUGAAAAAAGGGGAAAGUUUUCCGUCAAAAAGUUUGCUAAAAAAUAUAACCUGGACGGACCGAUCGCUGUAAAUUUUUUUAUUUGUGAGGGUAAGUUCCGACUGACGACAACAACCACGACGACACGGCGACCGAGAAUUAUAGACCCAAACUUACCUACCUAUACGGACACAGGAAAUCUUAUAUGGUGACAGUGGCGAUUUGUGAAUGAUCGAUUAUUAAUAUUUUCCCAUUUUAAGCUAUGGUAAGGAAUCGCUUAUUAAGGCGUUCGUUGCGAAUACCCUGUUUAUCGAUCCUUUCUUAUAAGUUUCAAUGGCAGAUAAAUCGAUAAAUCGCAAAGCACGCCAUGCCACUAUAUGGUAAAACUAACGCGUGAUUAAAUACUUGCAGUGAUUUAAUUGACCAAUGUUCAGCCAGUUUGUCCUUCAGAGCAGUGGGAAACAAUUGGACAAGAAAUGUUGAGCACGUUAUGAGUUUUGCUUUUUGUCCAAUCAGCACUGGCGAUUACGUUUCUUGUGGCGGAUUUAUUACAUUGAAAGUAAAAUAAUUGGUUAUUGUAAUUGAUGAUUGACUCAUUUUAUGUUUAACUUUCCCGCGCAUUGUUAAUAGCAACGCACCUAUAACUUUAAAAAGCGACCUAACUAAGGUGAGUCGGUUUUAAAUGUUGUAAGUAACCUCAUAAAUAUAUUUUACCUCUUAAAAAUGUUA